AUGAAUUAUGCAGAAGGUGUUGGGUCCAAAAAAGGUGGUGGUGGCAUAGCCUCCGAAUCCCUGUUCAAAUUACAACGAAGAAAAGAAGUCGAGUCUUUGCUUAGUAAAGGCGAAGAAGUACCCUAUACUUUUCAAGAUGAACAAGACGACCAAGUGAGAACCAAUCCGUAUAUUUACAAAAACCACUCCGGUAAACUAGUCUGUAAACUAUGUAAUACAAUGCACAUGUCGUGGUCCAGUGUUGAAAGACAUUUGGGCGGUAAGAAACAUGGAUUAAAUGUGCUAAGACGUGGUAUUAGCAUAGAGAAAAGUUCCCGAGGGAAAGAAGGCCAGGCAACCCAAGAUUUCCAGCGACAACAAAAAAUAAUUGAGGCCAAACAAUCCUUGAAAAACAACGGAGUGGUCCCUGUCUCUAAAGUUGCUACUGUAAAAGACCCAAAGACUGGGUCAGUGGGCCUGGCUGUUCAAGUAAACUACAAUAUAGAAACCAAGAAAAAUGACAUUGAUGAGAGCGGCAAAAUUGAUAUCCUACCACUCAUAAGGAUUAUAUCUGGACUGGAACUGUCAGAUGCAAAGCAGAAGGGAAAAAAAUUUUUAGUUAUUGCAUAUGAACCUUUUGAAAACAUCGCCAUUGAACUACCUCCGAACGAGAUAAUUUUUGGUGAAAACGAAGAAAUGGACACUGAUAAGGAUGGAUUAGAUGAACUGAAUAGAAAAUGCACAUUUUGGGAUGCUGUCUCAAAAAUGUACUACGUACAAUUCUUUUUCAAGCAAACGGAAGAAGGACAAGCAGCUACUUGA